AUGGUCGACCAGAAAACCACGCGGACCGGGAAUGAGAAGAAAGUGGAGACGGUUAAGGUUUACCGAGCGAAGAUCAACGAGGGGCUGGAAAUGGUGUGCAACGCCGUACUGGCUCUUCUGGACAAGUUCCUCAUGAGGAGCCGCACCUUUCACGUUGCCGUAACCCAGCUGGACUCACUGAACGAGGAUUUCUGUAAGGACUGCAUGCUCGUCUUGCGGCUGCUGCGAGACAACAUCCCCCUCCGGAGGGGCAACCGACAGGACGAGGAAACUGGAGGAUACGGCGCCGGCGCCUCGGUCCUGACCCCCACCCUGCCUCAUCACAAUCACUGA